AUGGCCUCAGAGCAAUUUGAUGAGACUGCAGACCACACUGAAAGGAAUGAAAAGAACAAUUAUAUUGAAAACCAUAGCGAGAAUAGCACUACUUUUGUUAGAGCAGAGAUAGGAAAAAAUACUGGUGCUGUAGGUGGUAAUGCCUUGAAACUUGCUUGGACAUUUGGAUUCUCAAAGGAUCUAGUCAACGGAGUGCACAAUUUAUCGACUGGAACGCGUCGAGCUGUAUUUUAUGCAGCAGCACACACAGGUGUUAUCUACGAUUAUGCAAGUCGAGAGCAAAGAUUGCUGCAAGGACAUUGUCAUCUUAUUUCCUGCUGUGUCGUGAGUGAAGACAAACGUUUUAUUGUUACGGCCGAUCGCGGUCUCGAUUCAAUGCUUGUAGUGUGGGACGCUCUAUCCGGCAACCCAAUUCGAACCAUUUUUCAUCCGCAUACAAAUGGUGUCCAAGCUAUUGACAUCUCCCCCGAUGCGCUCUUUCUAGCCACAUUAAGUGCUGUUGAUCGUGAUAGUGAAGAUGCUUCCAACAGCAAGACGUCCACUCAGCGGGGUUUCGAUCAAGAGCUGGCAGUAUGGGAGUGGGCAGCAUCCAGUGGUGGACCGGCAAUUUCAAAGCCGCUAUACUCGUCAUUUGUAGCCACGGAGGACGUUCAACACACUGUGCGCUUCAAUACUUACGACGUUCGAGAACUUGUCACAACUGGUCGCCAACGGGUUAUUUUCUGGAGCUGGGCCACGCACACGCUCCUGUUCUUUUCUCCAUCACUUGCUCAGAAAAAUUUUCGUCAGACGAUUGGUGCCUUUACGCAAUCAUUGUUUAUACCCGAUUCAGCACAAGCUCUCACUGGAACAGAAGAUGGCGACCUUGUGCUUUGGGAUAUAGUACAAAUGGAUAACGGCGCUGACGACCCCACCGGCAGUUUUCCAGAGCGUAAAGCUGUCAAAAUCGUACGUCUUGCAGGUGGAGCAGAGCCACACCAUAAAGUCGCGCUCACUGUUGUAGUCGAUAUAAAUGGUUAUCUUGUUCUUGGCUCGAACGAUGGUGCCGUGAGAUUUUAUGACUUUGACUUCCGUUUAGUGGCUUGGUUUGAAGACGUUAAUGCUGGUCCUGUAGCGAGUGUCUCGUUUGCUCAGAUAAUGGAUCCAUCAAACGCUGAAAACGACGACUGUCUGAAGAAUGACGAGUCACUUAAUGUCCCGGACUUUAUUGUGUCCACAACGUCUGGAUUUAUCGUCAGUAUGAGUGCGUCAUUGUUUGCAGAGCACGAAACUGAUCGACGACGCGGUACACUACUGCUGCAAGGCGUUGAUGACUCGAUCCUUGGACUUGCGACUCACCCACAUCUUACACAGUUUGUAUUAAGUCUGUUUUCUGGGGUCGUACAGCUCUGGGACUACUCAACAAAGAGUCUCGUGAUGGUUCGGCGCUUUGAUGCGGAGAAGCUUCGUCCAGAAUGUCUAACAUUUGCUCAAGAUGGUCAAAAGCUACUUGUUGGUUUCACAAGCGGCGUUGUCAAAUUGUUACACGCCCAAAGCCUUGAUGAUUUGGCCACCUUUCGACUUGGAAAAUCGGCAAUUACUGACGUGAAAAUGAGUCCAGAGUCGUCAGUGUUUGUAGCGUUGGACGCGAACUUGUUUCUUGGAAUGUGGCGUGCAAAGCAGGUUCCAGAGGGUUCUGACGUUGUGGAUGAGUGGGUGUAUUUAGGACGUUGUCGAGCUCAUUCGAAGCCCGUGACGGGGCUUGAAUUUUUUCGGAAUGGUGAUGGGCAACCGGUGCUCGUGUCUGUGAGUGAAGAUCGGACUCUAGUGGAAUACUCUUUAGAGCGCUCAAGUAUCUUGGAUGGCGUUGUCUUGAAACAAUCUCCUACCCGCAUUGAGCAAAGUGCUGUUCCGACUGCGUGUUGCUGGCACCCGGAAUUACAGGGUGUCCACGAAGAUUUGGUCAUUGUAGCUGAUGACGAAUAUAAACUCAAGCAAUGGAACAUGGGCAACCAAACUUGCCGUAAAACAACGCUAGGACCAUCAUACAGUGGACCAAUCCACAAGUUGGUGCCCGUGCCGCUGCGUGAUGAGGAAGAAAUUGCCGUAAAAGCUGCAGGUGACAUCGCACAACGAUACUGUGUCUAUAGUACUUGUGAAAUGGUCGUUGGAUUGCUUGAGCUUCCUCUUGAUGGGAACCCCCGAAAAGCAAUGGGGCUUAUUGCACAUCCGGGCAAAAUUAGCAAUGUGGAUGUGACUUUUGAUGGCAAAUACUUACUCACUGCAGGUGGCAAUGAUCUUGCAGUAAUCAUGUGGGAGAUUCAUCCUCACGAGUUAGAUUUGAUGGAGGCUGCAUGCACACUUCAAAAUGACGGCUGUAAAGACAGUAAUGACAAUGAGGCGGCUCUUGCACCGUAUCUGACACUUCUAGAAGGGGGUCGGGACGGGUCUCUCUACAACGAGAUAGUUGACUAUUUCUACCUUGCCCAACUUCGUGUGCAGGGUGAGACAUCGUCUGCUGUCCGCAAAAUAACUUUCCAAAUCCCGCUAAGAGAGAUUUCAAAUGUUAUGCGAGCAUUAGGAUAUUACCCCACGGACGAGGAAAUUCAGCAUAUGGUGAGCGAGGUGCGCUAUUCACGCUUCACUGAGACCUCUCGACCUGUGGAAAGUAUUGGACUUAAUGAUUUUAUCAAACUUUUUGUAAAUCAUCGACCAGUUGUAGGAGUCAAUAGAUCACAAAUUGAACGAGCUUUUGCUAUUCUAGCGAUGACAGAGAAAGGAUCAAGUAAUGAUAUGGUUAAAGGGCCCGCGACAUUAAAAUGGGAGCAAAUUGAGGCUCGAUUGCUGUACAAGGGGGAAGUCAUGAGUAAAGAAGAGCUGCAAAGUUGUCUUGCAGCAUUACUAGCUUCUGAAAAUGAAAGAGAUGGACUGUCGAUGGAGUCGCAAUAUACGGCGUUAAGCUUUGCAGAUAAAGUUCUUGGAUUCGACGGCUACAGGUUAGCAGGAAAUGAAGGGUAG